GUCAGAGGGAGAACCAUCGAGUCUGUUUCUUUCAAUCCUCUUGUUUCGCUGAACAGGCAGCUUGAUUUUUAUUUUCUUUUAUUUAACAUCUUGCAGUGGAUACAUUCACAAAUCUGAUCAACUGAGUAAAAAGCUUUACGGAAACAAGACAAAAAACAAAGGUCAUCUCAAGAAAAUCAACAGCAUGGGUGUCUGGGCCACACUCGCCAUGCUCCUCCUGUUCAUAGCCACCGUCGAAGCAGAUGAAGGAGGGAUAGAAUUCUGGAGAGAAACUUUCACAAUGUCCUGUCCAGAAAACGGGACUUGGUUCAAGAAAGGAGUCAAAGAACCCAAUGUGGGAAAAGAGUAUAAACUCACAUAUGAUGGCACAAACAAAGGCUCAUUCUACUGUGAAUAUGGUGACGACAAAACAAAAUAUUAUUUCUACGUGAAAGGAAAGGCAUGUGAAAACUGUUUCGAGCUGGACGGGAGGUUGUUUGGGCUGGUCAUUGCUGUGGACGUGUUGGGGACGGCCGGUUUGAUGAUCUUUAUCUUCAGUUGCACCAAGAAGAAAAGCUCAGCUCAACCUUCUCACACUUCCAAAGCACCUGCUCGUUCAGGAGGCCGGGGUCCACCUGUCCCAAAUCCUGACUAUGAGACACUGAACGUGCAAAAUCGCGCCCAGGAUCAUUACUCCUUCUUGAACAGGACGGGACAGUGACAUGUCACCUGACAUGAACAUCAGUCAUGCUCCAGGUCGCAUGCAAACACUGGCUUUUGCUCUCUUGGAUUUAAAGGGUUGCUUAACCCAAAUGGCAUCAAAAAAAGAACUCACUUAGCCCUGGUAUUACUUAGCCAGGUAGUGUCAUUUUCAUUUGUCCAGGUCGUCUGCCACCACUGUGAGUCAUUACAGGUAAUGGCAUUUAGUUAAUGGAAGCAGUACAGCAAAGGGUUAACCUGUCUCUGCAAGGACAAAAAAGAUUGGGAACUGCUUUAGACUGUUUUAGAUUUAAUCUUUCAGUAGUGUGAGUACUACAAACAAAUUCUCAUCCAUGUCAGUGGUGCGGAGGCAGAAAUCUCGGAGACAGAUAUCUGGACAAAUAAAUGCAAAACUAUCUGCACGGCUAGAUACCAUGAGAGGUUAAAGGAAUACUUUACCCACAAAAUGACCAUUUGCAUAUCAGUUACUCGCUGCAUGUUACCUUGAACUGGUUGAGAAAACACUGUUUUUCUUGCAUGCCUCCGAGGUGAGCGGAGAAUCCACAACUUUGAACAUUCUUCAUGAAUUGAGGUAAAUGGGGACCUGGUUUCACAACAGCAAGACUAUAUCGCACAAGGGUCCAUGUCAUUGCUUCGACAGCCCAUUGUUUCAACAUCCCAUUAGUCCGACUGUCCGCGGUGCUGAACAGCUCGCGGCGGGCGUAUGGUGUGCCGCGACCGGCUUGAGGCGGAGCAGGCUCAUGGCUUAUGUGUUUGUCACUUUCUUUUUCAUUUUAACCCACACCAUGAUCUUUUCCUGACCCUAACCAAGUGGUUUUUGUGCCUAAACCUAACCAGACCUUAACCACAUAAACAUGAAACAUGUUUACAGCCUCGUACUAAAAAAUGUUUUAGUCUCUAAAGCAAAUUUCCCCUGUUCAUGACAACUGUACAGGGGGUGAACUUUUAUAUAACUCACCUGUUAAUGUUUUAUUAAGGCUUAAAGUUACCCAUUAUUAAAGACAGGUAACUUUGACACAUUGUCCUCUUGUCCAAAUAUGGUCCCAUCUAGCUGCAAAAAGCCAAGAUGCGGAUGGCUGAAAUGCCGAACUUGAGGCUUCAAAACCAAUGGGUGACAUCACGUUAGCUAGGUCCAUUGAUUUAUUGAGUAUAAUCCAAGUCUCAUUUAUCUAGUUGAUGCUCAGUACUUCCCAAACACAUGCAUUUUCAAUAAAUACAUGCGUUUCAACUCUGCUCAAGCAUAGCUCAUAUACAUGGUAUCCUCAGACAUGCUCAGGGAGUGCUACUCAUUGGUGGAAGUGUUUCAUAUUGAUUUACAUUUUAGUAUAAAUGUGUAAAUGCGUUUGGGAAGUACUGAGCAUACGACUGGAUAAAUGAGACUUGGAUAAUACUGCACACAAGCCGUGUGAGAGUAUGAAACUGAUGUUUUGAUAGUUAGCUGAUGUUAAACGUGGUCGCCAAUGACUUUAAUCACGAAGAAUGUUCACACUUUUUGGAUUCUUGGUUCACCGUUGAGGAAUACAAGAAAAACAAUGUUGUCUUCACAAAUUCAACAUAACACAGGGUGAGUAGUUGUUAAACAAAUGCUAAUUUUGCAGAUGAAGUAUCCUUUUGAGUGAGAAAACGUGGGGGCAGUUUAAUAAACAUAAUGUACAUACAAUGUCCUUUUUUGUUGUUGUGGUGUUAAUUAUGUUUUAGCGCUGAGGUCAUAGUUAGUGUAAUUCUUUUUUUUAAUAAAUAUUUUUUAAAUAAUCUGCUCCUCUCAUGUGUGUAAAUAAGAGAAACAUUUCUCAGUAUAAUGCAGUCUAGUACAACAGCACAGGACUCGAGGGACAUGACUUGACUCAAGUGGCAAAUUUGAGGACUUGAGACUUGCUUUGCUGACACUGAUGAAAGACUUGACUUUGGUGUGCAUGACUUGAGACAGAUGACUUGAAAGGACUUGACUUUUUUUAUUUAAUAUUUGUAUUUUUCUAGACUUUUGGAAGUUACAUUUUGUGUUUAAAAUACGAUGACGCACAUGUCGCAGCAGGAAAUGAAAAUGUAUUUUCUUUAGUUCAAUGACUGGCUCAUAGUUCCAGCUGUACUUGUAUAUUUUUAUAUGUUUCGAGUGCAAAAUCCUAAUUUGUAAAGUAACUAGUAACUAAAGCUGUCAGAUAAAUGUAGUGGAGUAGAGGUAGGCGAUGUUACGAGAAGAAAAGACUCAGAUUUGCACUUGCAGUACCUGAGUAAAUGUAUUUAGUUACAUUCCACCACUGGGUGCAGCUUAUAAUGAAUAUGACUUGACUUGUGACUUGCUUGACCUGACCAAUGACUUGACUUGCUUAAUUUUCACCACAGUGACUCAGGACUUGCUUGAGACUUACUGCCACCUCUGCCUCUAACUAUGGCCUUUCUAAUGACCAUGAAUAAAUUUAUGCAGCUGCUGUAUUGGAUCACAGCAGAUUGUAUAGGUGUAUAGGUGUUUGUUUGUUUUUUUUUGUGGUGUACUGACCCUUUAUAUAAAAGAGAACCAUCUAAUUUACAGUCGUGUAUAAAAAUCAUAUUGUCAUUUGAAAUAGAGAGAUACCGGUCUACCUGUUUUCUGUACAUAUAUGUCAAUGUCAUUGUUAGUUCUGACCUUGUUAGAAGAGCAGCUGUUUGUCAGACGUGUAAAAUGUUACCACACAAGCUUAUUUUGUUCAUUGCAUCAACUCGCUUCCUGUCCUUUUUGGGUUUUUUUUUUUUUUUUUUUUUUGCUUUUUCAUUUUAAUCUGCAGCGCUCAUCUUCUUGUUACUGUAUUGGACAAGCGUGUCACUAAUGAAUAAACCACA